AUAAAUACAACCUAUCACUUUAAAUCUUCAAUCUCUGGUACAGCAGAGAUCAUAAACUGUUAGGUAGUCAAACGAGGGGAAAUAUCAUUAUACACACCUGGGAUAUUCCAGAACAGUGUACAGCUGGUCACUCGUAGAUAUUUAUUACCAAUAAUUCUGUCUACAUAGAUAGGUCUUUCAUAAGCAUUUAAUAUUGUUUACCAAAGAAAUGGUGAUGGAGAAGCCAAGUCCCCUGCUUGUAGGGCGGGAGUUUGUGAGGCAGUAUUACACACUGUUAAAUAAGGCACCAGACUUCCUGCACAGGUUUUAUGGGAGGAAUUCUUCCUAUGUUCAUGGAGGACUUGACCCAAGUGGGAAGCUUGCAGAAGCAGUGUACGGUCAAGCGGAAAUCCACAAGAAGGUCAUGUCCCUGCAGUUCAGUGAGUGCCACACAAAGAUCAGGCAUGUGGAUGCUCAUGCCACACUGAGUGACGGCGUGGUGGUGCAAGUCCUUGGAGAACUGUCCAACAAUGGUCAACCCAUGAGGAAGUUCAUGCAAACUUUCGUGCUUGCUCCAGAGGUGAUUCCCUCUGCUUCUGAGUACUGUUGCCAUACAUAUUUGAGAGGUUCAGUGGCCAACAAGUUCUACGUCCACAAUGACAUCUUCCGUUACGAGGAUGAGGUUUUUGGAGACUCUGAAGCGGAGCUUGAUGAAGAAUCAGAGGAGGAAGUUGAAGAGGAGCCGGAGGAGAGGCAGCCGUCCCCUGAGCCACUUCAAGAAAGCAGCACCACCUACUACGAACCUCACCCUGUCACUAAUGGAGUAGAGGAGCUCAUGGAGGAGCCGGCUCCAGAGCCCGAACCAGAGCCGGAACCAGAGCCCAAGGUAGAAGAAGUCAAGCCUGAAGUCGAUGAGAAGGUUUUGGAAGAGAUGGAGGAGAAAGCCCCGUCACCGGCCCCUGUGGAGUCUCCACCAAACACACAGGAGCCUCCCAAGGCUUUCUCAUGGGCCUCUGUGACCAGUAAAAACCUGCCACCCAGCGGCACCCUAACGUCCUCUGGAAUGUCCCCCCAUGUUGUCAAAGGUCCAAGCUCACAGCCCAGAGUUGAUGCAAAGACGGAGACGCAGACGGCACCCAUCCGACCGAGAGACCAGCGCACACGUGACAGACCGGCGUUCCCCCCGCGGGGUCCCAGGCCUGAUGGUGUUGCACCUUCGGAGUCACAAACGGGGAAACCACACUUGAGUUUUGUUAACAAAGGUAACCGGGGCGACUCUGAAUCUGGCGACAUGGACAACAGGCGAAUUGUCCGUUACCCUGACAAUAACCAGCUCUUUGUUGGCAACCUCCCACAUGACAUCGAUGAGAGCGAGCUCAAAGACUUCUUCAUGACAUACGGAAAUGUCGUGGAGCUGCGGAUAAACACCAAGGGCGUUGGUGGAAAACUUCCCAACUUUGGAUUUGUGGUCUUUGACGACUCUGAUCCCGUGCAAAGAAUCCUGGGGGCCAAGGUAGAAGGGCCGAUAAUGUUCCGCGGUGAAGUGCGUCUGAAUGUGGAGGAGAAAAAGACGAGGGCGGUGCGUGAAAGAGAAACUCGUGGAGGAGACGAUCGUCGGGACAUGAGGCGCAGCGACCGGGGCUCCGGAGGGUCAAGAGGCAUCGUGGGGAGUGGGAUGAUGCGCGACGGAAGGGGACCCCCACCCCGAGGCGGCAUGGCCCCCAAACCUGGCAUGGGCUCCGGAAGAGGCUCCGGGGGCCAGGGCGAGGGCCGCUUCACCACCCAGCGCCGCUGAGAAGAGCACCACCCGCAGUGUGGAAGUAGUACCGCGUUCUUCAUCUUCAACCGUUCUCUCGUUAAAGAAAAAGAAAUCUUCAUGUAUAAACGUAUAUAUUUGGUUUUUGUUUUAUUUUUUUAUUUUUUUGUUCCCUCUUUUGCUUUGGAAUGUGACACAGCCUGUCAACUUUUUUCUUUUGUGAAAUAGACAAAACAAAAUAAGCAAACAAAUCUUUUUCGCUUAUUAGUUGUGAGCUGAGCGUCCUUUUCGGGUAUCUCAAGAAUUCACAAACUUUAAUUUGUAAAUUUGUGAAGGAAAAGACGAACCAACCAGGAGCAAUCUGCCACAUUAGGAGGGACUGAUGAGACUUUUAACUACGAUAAUACAGCCCAUCAUUUGGAAAAGAGAUUAUAUGCCUUGACUUAACUGAGGCGCUGCUUCACGAAAUCCCUCUAUUGCACAUUUUAUACGGUAGUUUUCUGCCCGUUACUGUUGGAAAAGGGUGAGAUGCAAAAUGUGUGCAGUUCCAGUGGAAAAGUUUGCCUUUUACUUUUUCCUUUUGAGAGACCACUGCUUAAAAGUUGCAUAAUGCACUCAUCAAUAUGCACUAAUGGGUACUUUUGUCGUAUUACAUACACAUCCAUGCUCGGAACGCAGCUGGAGAGACCUGUUUUGUCUCGAAGCGACACGACUUUCCGGGGCAGGCCUCGCUCACAGCCUGUCCGCUGUGACCAAUGAACUUUUCACACUUUUGACCCAAAACUUACACUUCAAUUACUGCUGGAUGGACAAGAUGACAAAGCAAAUCUACAUUAUAUUUUUCCUCAUUUAUAAAUCGAAUGAAAAUAAUAAAAAAAAAAGCUUAAAUCCUGGACUUUCACCAAAUAAGUCAGGGGGGGGGACAAGAAACGAAGAACAAUAGAAGAGUGGUUGUAAUGAUGGCGGCUCGCUCUGUUUUUUUAUUUUGAUUCCAAGUUUGUUUUUUCUUGUUUUUCCCUGCCAGCUAGACCACGAAACUAGAUGGAUGCCACCUUCCCUCCCUCGCCUAAGUGCGGAGUAACAGAAUAAAUGUACAGCUAAAAUCAGUUUACUGUAUGUUUUGUGUUCUGUAUAUUUUUCUAAUUUCUCUCACAACUUGAUAAAAAGCAUGAAUGGUGCCUUCUAUUUCACCUUUUCCAGUCUUACGAUAGCGGUUCGAGGCGUUCUGCUUCCUAUUAUGGAGCCGCUCAUUUUGAACUAUUUCUUUUUGGGAGCGGAUGGGAAAACAUUGCAGUAUUCAUUCACAGGUUUUGAGUUGUUUUUUUCUGGUGCAUAUUUUAUUUUUCCAUACUGUUUUACUACCUAAGAUCUGCUGUGAGUUUUUUGUACAUUUGUUUGUAUUGUGUCUGUUCUGGGUUUUGUAGAGGACAUUAGGUGCAUCCAGCUCUGUUUGAUGUUAAAUGGUUAAAAGAUGCAUCUGAAGAACAACCCCCCCCCCCCCCCCCCCCCCCCCCCCCUCUCCUCCGUUAAGGUACAUUAAAGAUGGUGACAGUAAAAUGCUUGUUCCUCGGUUUAAGAAGUCAUAGCUCUACACAUCCCUGAUUUCAGUCAACUAAGGUCUGCAGUUUGGAAAGUGUUUAUCUAAUUCAGAUGAUGUUGCUCCUUACUGCUACGUUCCUCAGCAACCAUUUUGCAAUGCUCCGUGCAGGUGGACUGGCCGCCUACAGACUAGCAAAUAAUGCUCACUUUUCUAGCUAUUAGUGCAUUUAUAUUUUCAUAUCCUGUUAUUAUUAUUCAUUUCUUUCUUCCAUUCGAGGCAAUGAUCUAAACGCCACCUUUGUCUUCUCCCUCUUGUCCUCUCGCGUAUUUUCUUUGUACCACUUGGUAGGGAGGGAAGACCUUUCGGUUUCAGCUGGACAGGAAAACAUGACAAACUUUAUUAUUUUUUGUUAUGUUGCACUGAAUUGGGAAGUGAUCGAUGUAGCAUUUUUCUGGACAAAUAUACGAAUGAGGUCUUCCUUGUCUGCUGGUUGCACUAUUUACAACAUUUCUGGGACAAUCUCUCAUUUUGAAUACAGUCGCUCCAAAUUUCUCAUCUGGUAGUAGAAAAAAACACAAUUACAUGAAAGAAUAUCUGCUCUCAGUUAAAACUAGAUGUACAGACAUGGCAUAUUUUAUGUAAUUUUCCACAGUAAUACUCGGCUAUUCUCCCUUUGUAGUUGAAAUCAAAUAUUUUCAGAUGUGAGAUUAGUUUUCAAUAGAGAUUUCUUAAUUUCUUACCAUCAGUCUUUGACCUAAUAUUACAGAAAACCUUGCUCUUUGAUCCUUGAGUGUUUCUCAUGGGUGCCUCUGCCCCGAAUGUUUAUUUGUCAGGUAAUUGCUUAACUUGAGCACUUGACUGCAAUCCUACUUUUUACAGCAAUGGUCAAUGAAGAGGGUGACGAAGAAGAGACAUCAUGCUUUCACACCAAUUUGUGCUUUUUACAUCAAAGUGGUGGUUAAAUAUUUGAGGAUUGAUCUUCGUUUUCACUGAGGUUUUCAACAAAGUACCCUUUUCCAAUCUUUUAAAGGAUCCUUCAAAGCGAAAACGGCUGUAAAUUAAUUUUCCUGUGGUUGAAAAUGCAGUAUGGAUCCUCAUUGUGAAUCAUUCCAGUCCUUUUUUUGAAUGGAAAUAUAAGUACCUUCUUGGCUUUAGCAGGUGUGGUAAACAGGUGGCUGCCAUCUUAAUUUGUACUGUGCUUACCCUUUACUUGUUGCUAGUACAAAAGUGUUGCAGGUGGAGAAUCUUUUUCCUGGUUUUGUUCUUUUUUUUUUCUUUCAAUUUUGAAUGUGUUGGACUUAACAUACAAUAAACUACUGAUAUCAGCCCCACUCACAACGUUUGUCAUGUGUACAGGUUCCUGCAUCUGAGAUAAUUGAGAUAACACGCUGCUGCUUUUGUUAAUAAGCUUUACAAAACUGAUAAGAUUAUGAAGUAUGAAGGAGCUCCUUCCUUUAGUGCAGAAAAAAGUACAAGAUAAUCAGUUUUUAUCUUCAAUACUUUGAAACAGUAUAGGGGCAAGCUUUGGUUGUGACCUGAUUGUUAUUUUGAAAGUAUUACACUUAGUAUUUCUAAUUAAAGGAACACCCUACAGUCUUUACACUCUGCCCCUUGUAUUAAGUGUUUUGGGACUUUUGAAAAGCUUUCUCAGGACUAGAUAAAAUCUUGGUUUGGAGUUUGGAGACCACAUUAAAAGCUCAAGUUCUGUGUUACAAACAUGGUGUAGAGUUUACAAUAUGUUGUUUAACAGGCAGGAAGGAAAGCAGUCGGAUUUGUAGUUUAGAUGCUUUUCAGGCUUGUCUUAUACUAAGGACUAAAAGUCGAGAUGUAUUGGUUUAUUUUUAUAUGUCACUACCAAGUCACCUGAUGUAGUGGAAAUGCGUUAUUAAAAUAUAUUGGAGUGU